ACAGCUAGGUCAAAACAAGCUAAGUUAACCUAAACAUUUGCUUGCUUCUCAUAGUCAUUUCUGAGUUUCUAAAACAUUUCUGUUUGCAUUGAAUGAAUAAGCUAUUUUGUUAAAAGUGUGAAUUUGGUUGUAAUGGAUAGCUUAGUGCAAAUCGACAGUCAUCUCAUUGAUCUCGUUGACGACGCUUGGCGUUCAGACAAACUGCCAGAGGAAGAUAUCAAUGUUCCACUGAAUGAACUUCCAGAUCCAGAAGCUGAUACUGGAGAUAUCAACCUGACCCUAAAGGAACAGGAGCAAAAGUGGACAGAUAUUGCACUCUCAACACUUAGUGAGCACCAAUAAACCAACAAUUUUAAAUUUAAAUCCUUUUACAAAUAAAUAUUAACAUGGAAUUGCCAAGUAUUGGCCAACAGUGUGAGGACCCAACAUGCAAACAAUUAGAUUUUCUGCCUCUCAAAUGCAAAUGCAACAAAGUCUUCUGUUC